AUGUGGGAGAGUUUCAAGGUAACAAGUGACACAUUGUUACCAACACAAACUUUGGAUAAAGGUGUUUUGGCAUUGGGCAAAAGUAGUUAUUCGGUUGCUGUCAAAAGGUUGGAUAACAUGGUGAAAGAAGGUGAGCAGGAAUUCAAAGCAGAAGUAAUGUCCAUUGGUCGUACAAACCAUAAAAAUUUGAUUAGGCUAAUUGGGUUUUGUAAUCAGGGACAACACCAACUACUUGUUUACGAGUACAUGAGCAAUGGAUCCUUGGCAAGCUUUCUUUUUGGAUCAUCAAAUAAGCCAAGGUGGCACCAAAGAAUGCAAAUUGCUUUAGGGAUUGCACGGGGGCUAUUUUACUUGCACGAAGAGUGCAGCACCCAAAUCAUACACUGUGAUAUCAAGCCUCAGAACAUCCUCCUAGACGAGUCAUACAAAGCUAGAAUUUCUGAUUUUGGAUUGGCCAAGAUUCUGAAGACUGACCAGACUCGAACCAAUACUGGAAUGAGAGGAACCAAAGGAUAUGUUGCCCCUGAAUGGUUUAGAAACAUGGCUGUGUCAGUGAAGGUAGAUGUUUACAGCUAUGGAAUACUAUUGUUGGAGCUGAUUUGCUGUAGAAAGAAUGUUGAGGUAAAUGUUAAGGAUGAUGCUGAAAUGAUAUUAGCUGAUUGGGCAUGUGAUUGCUAUGGAGCUGGGAAAGUGGAGUGUCUAGUCGAGAAUGAUGAUGAGGCCAUGGUGGAGUUGAAGAUGGUUGAAAAGUAUGUGAUGAUUGCUAUAUGGUGUAUCCAAGAAGACCCUUCACUACGACCUACUAUGAAGAAAGUUAUGCUGAUGCUUGAAGGAAGUGUUAAGUUUUCAGCUCCUCCACACCCAAAUUCAUUCCUUAGCUCUUUAUAG